AUGUCCCUGCAUGACCGAAUGUCACCAGUUUACAGUGACAGCACUGUAAUGUUUAUUUCCCUCGGUUACAAAGGAACGCCGCGCAAAGUCACGGAGAAGUUUGCCGCCGUGGAUGGUAGCAAUAAACUCGACGGAUUCUCGAGGCGCAAGAAACGAGCAGUCGAGGAGAUACGCGGCCCCUACAACGCAAACUGGCAAUCGCGAUACGUCGAACUGGCUCUGGUGAUCGACAAAAAUGAGUACGUGGCCUUAGGAGAAAAUCUCACCCGAGUCUACCACCAUUGCAAAGACAUCGCCAACAUCAUCAAUGCUCUGUACGCGCCACUGAACAUUUUCAUCGCCCUCGUCGGAGUCGAAGUGUGGAGAGAAGUCGACGAGAUACACCUCGGAAGCAACGGCGAUGCGACCCUCAGUAAUUUUCUGCAAUAUCGCCGAGAGAAACUCGUCAAAAAUAUUCCCAACGAUAACGCUCAAUUGCUCACGAGGAUGAAAUUCGACGACGGAGUCGUCGGUAAAGCGCUGAAGGGUCCGAUUUGCACGAACAAGUUCUCGGGCGGCGUCUCUGUCGAUCACUCGAACAUCGUCGCUCUGGUGGCAGCGACAGUAGCCCACGAAAUGGGCCACAACUUUGGCAUGGAACACGAUACCUUGGACUGCAAGUGUCAGGAAGAAAGAUGUAUAAUGUCACCGUCGAGCGGCUCCUCAGGCCCGAAGCACUGGUCCUCCUGUUCGGUGGAAUACCUCGCAGUGGCCUUCGAGCACGGCAUGGACUACUGUUUGCGAAACAAGCCAAAACGCUUGUUCGGCAGCCCAAUAUGCGGAAACGGUUUCGUUGAACCGGGGGAACAAUGCGACUGCGGGCUGUCGGAAAAGUGCGACAAUCCGUGCUGCGACGCGAGCAGUUGCAUGCUCCACGCUAAUGCGAGCUGUGCGACGGGCGAAUGCUGCGACCUAACCACCUGCAAGCCCAAAAGAGCCGGCACCGAGUGCCGAGUUGCCGACCAAGAGUGCGACUUGCCCGAGUACUGCACCGGACAGAGCGAGUACUGUCCUGCCGACGUGUUCAAAAUGGCCGGUGAGCCUUGCAAGCACGGACAGGCGUAUUGUUACCAGGGCAAUUGUAGGACCCACAGCGACCAGUGUAAGCUGCUCUGGGGACCGACGGGAUCGAGUUCCGAUGAUAUGUGCUACAAGAUGAACAGCAAGGGCACUGCGCAUGGAAAUUGUGGAUUCAAUCAGUCGGCCAACGAUUACGUCAGGUGCCAGGAACAGAACGUCUUCUGCGGUAUGCUGCACUGCAAACAUCUGAACGAGAAACUCGAGUUCGGCAUGGAUUCGAUCGCAACGUUGAGCCACUCGUUCUUGAACAGCGAAGGGAAGAUCAUAGCCUGCCGAUCGGCAAUCGUCGAUCUGGGGCUCAAUCAGAUUGAUCCAGGUCUCGCGCCAGAUGGCGCAAAGUGCGGCCAUGGCAAGAUGUGCGUGAACCAGAAGUGCAUGCCGGUCUCGGAGUUACAACGAGUCACGUCCCAGAGCGACAGAGCCUGCUCUAGCGACUGCAACGGGAACGGGGUUUGCAACAGUUUGGGCCACUGCCACUGCAAUCAAGGCUAUUUGCCACCAGAUUGCACCGAGGCUGGGGUCGGUGGUUCCGUCGACAGUGGACCUGCCGGAGAUCCAAAUGCAAGAAGCGAGUACAUCAUGUUCCUGUACAUCACCUUCCUGGGCAUCGUGCCCGUCUGCUCCCUGAUCUGGGUGGCGAUCUGGCUCGCGCGUCACAAGAGCAAGGGCAUGAAGCACUGGACAAAGACCGGACCCGGCAAUCCGAUUUCGACGUUGACUCGCAAUUUUGGCUACCACCAUCAUUCAUCAACCAAUCACCACCCACGAACCGGCAACGGCAGCCUACCGAUCAAAACGAUCGAGCGUGGGCAACGCCCUCUUGGAAUCGACAGCAUAGAUUCCAGCAUCGCUGCCCAAGACCCUCUACUGCCCAAGUGCGACACCGACGAGCGAUUCAACAACAAUUUUUUCGGUCAAUUCAAGGGCUUCAGCAUCACGCCACUGUCACGGUCGGUGCCUGCAGCUGAUCCCGCGCAACUAGCUGCACCCCUUCAAGCACCAAUCACGCGGCCAGCUCCACCACCGCCCUCGUGGAACGAGCCCUCUAUCGUGCCAAUUAAAACGAACUGUAUGCCAGCUUCGCAGCGUGUCAACAGCCUACCCCAGAGACCGGCCCCCGAGGAGCCACAACCGGCAUCGGAGAACCCACCCAUGUUGCCACCACCGAACGCCGGCAGUACGGCCCGGCCGUUGAUCAGCAGUCCCGUACUCGCUGCCACCACCUGCACGAACUUGGACCUAAAGCUGCCCACGAGGCCGGCUCCUGAAGUCCCAUGCAAGUUUCAGGCAGAACGGCCGGUAAGUGCGAGUCCUGAAACACCGGUGGAAAACGAUCGUCGGCGCGGCUCAGCCGAAAAGAUGCCGGCCGGCAGCAACAGUACCCUUACCAGGAUUGCCUCGAUGCUCUACCCAGGUGGCAAAAGCGACACGACGACUGGACCCUCGCGUUACAGCGCCAACUCGCUGCCUAGGAGCCACCAUCUGAAGGCGAGCAAGGUUAUGGACAAAGAAAUCUUACGCAGCCUCAAGAUCUCAGCUCCCAUACCGCAGCGCGAGAUCGAGAUACCCGUACCAGCGAUACCGGUCAAGCCCGAACCCAACGGUGACACCGAGGCCACUUUGCCAUCGCGAAAAGUUGCGCGCACCCAGUCGAUGCGCGACACCAGCAAGGAGCAGCGUUCCAGGCCGACUAUACACUCGUUCGGGUCGAUGAGGCAUCCGAACGGCAAGAGGCCGACCAGCAUACCAGCCAGGGUAAGGCCAACCUCUCCACCACCGGGACCACCGCCAGCGAAGCUUGAUGUUUCGCCAACCGAGAUACCAGGAGUCCCAGGGUACCAAAACCCGGCCGCGCUCAAGCUUGCGGGGAAGCCUAAGGAAACUUACGAAGAUUGCAUGAACCUAACCUCCUCGGGAGAAACGGCCAAUCUGGGAAAGAUAGUCGAGGAGUCACCCUCUAACGACAACAUAUACGCUGUCAUAGAGGAGGCUGUGCCCGAGAAGAAGCUUAAGAGACCGACAGCUGUAACUACGGACAAUGAGUACAAAACGCCCAGAGUUGUAAGGCCGGUGUUCGUGGCAAACACGGGCGCAGACGAGGUUGAUAAUAGAACAUCGUCCGGCUCAGAUUCGAUGGGUCUGCUCAGUGAGAUCGUCUCGGAAAUUUCGAACAGAAACUUUGACUCUAUCUACUCGACUGACAAACUGAGCCCCAAGCACCAGAAGCCGGAGGAGGCUUUUUCUCUGAGCAGCAGCAAUACCGAUGUUUCAACGCCGCACUACAAAUCCCCGAGCAGUGUGUGCUCGACCACGAGCUUGGGAUACGUACACCCAUCUGCCAUCAAUGUCCACGACAAGCGACCCGAGACAAUAGCUAAAACUCCUGCCACGCACGAAAGCGCACCAGUAGUAGUUAAACCAGCGAUUGUUGACAAAGUGUCAGAUAAGAAAAAGGAUGAUUCGCAACAAACGACUACAGCAACGACACCACCAACCAAACCAACGUUUAGUCGUACGAAAACUCCGCCCAGUAUAAGUAGGCAGAAAUCGCCAAGGCAAAACAGCAACGAACUUGUUAUGACAAGUGGCGGUAGUAGGCCGACCAGCCGGCAAAAUUCAGACUCCAGUCUGAAGAGCUCAAAAAGCGACGCGUCCAAGGAUGGAAAAACGAGCAGCAACAGCAGUAAUAGUCCUGAUAUUGUGUCGAGUUGCAAUCAAACUGCCCAAAAGACGCCGGACGUCUUGAGCAGCAAACCACGCACAACGACAACGCCGCGCCAGAAGAGCGUGAAAAUGCCACCGAAACCGUCGAAUCUACUUACCAAGGCAGCUAGCUUCGCCGAGCAGAGGAUUGAUACAGCGAAAACGACCACGAAGGAGACCAAAACGGCGGCCGGUUUGCCGCAAAAAGUGCCGGCCGGCAAGUCGAACGUAGCGUCAUUGCAGCAGAAAUUCGAGCAAUCAGAGGUUAUUGGUACGGGCUCGGGUACUUUGACGAAAAAGAAGCCGCAAACAACUACGAACUCUGGAGCGAAGAAAUAAAUUGGAACACCACUUUUUAUGUUUUUCGUACAGUCAUAAAACAAACAAACGGCUUUGUUUUUUUUUUGUAUACAUUCGUCCUUUUUUUUUACAGCGUAGAGGUAAGUUAAUUUUAUUAGUCGUUUGUUGCGAGUUUGAAAGGCAGCUAUUAUAAAAAAAAAAAAAACUACUUAAAUGAUAGAUCAUUUUUAACUUUAAGUGUGCAGGAAUUUUUCCUCUUUAAAUGUCACAAUUGUGCAGCUGGAAAUAUUUGUAUUUUUGUACAGUAUUGCGUUGUGCACAAGAAACGAUCUUUCCUUAAGAACCAGUUUAUGUUGAAUGUUAUAAAUCGAUAAGUAAAUAUUAAAAAAAAAAAUCAGUAAUCAUUAAAUAUUGAUUUUACAGACAAUAGCGUAACUAUACGUCGUUUCGUACAAUAUAAUAUGCCGUACGAUGUAAUUAAAAAAGAGCUAGAACCACUGUCAAUGUCGAAUAUAAAAUAAUUCUAGUCUUUGACUAAAAUGUAAGAGAAACGACUAAUUUAAGACAAUUUAUUUUCCAAGCUGGAAAUUCACGAUUAUAGGCAAUACCAAAUCGUUCGGUGCUCGACUGACGCUAAUAUAUAUUUUUGUCAGUUGUUCGAUACACAAAGAGAUAACUAUGUAAAUAGAUAAAAAAAGAUGAAAACAUAAAGGUGCAUCCAAUUGUACAUAGAAAUCAAUACAUUUUUUUCCGCAAAGCAAAUUGUGUGAAUCAAUAAUUGUUAAUUUUAUGGAAUAAAAUGGGCGUCACAGAUAAUAAGGCUUUUUCAAACAAGAAAUCGUGUAUAGUAAUUGUACUAUAAAAGGACAUAUUUUUAUGCUGCGCAAAAUAUAAAAAUUAAUAAAUGAAAAAACUAAAGUUUCUGUGAUAUAUGCGUGCAAGUAUAUAUGUGUAAAAGGAUUGAGUGUAGCAUUUCAGCUGAUCGAGAAAAAGAUCUGAUUAAUCAUAUUGUGCGAUUAUUUUAUUUUAUUCGCCAUUUACUGUUCAUGCAAAACCAUUGUCCUGUAAAUUUACUUUAAGGCUAUUUUUCUUCUCCGAUGCUGGUCUUUCAAUGUAAGACUUAGCAACAUUAUUUUUACUGAUGUGUGAAAUUUGUGUACAUAUGUUUAUAUACUCACGUUUGUUUUUCACGACUUACUGUAAAAUGCGCGGGCAACGUUUACUGAACUUUUUUUUUGACACGAUUUUUCUCGUUGUAGAUAUGAAUUUGACGUUCCGUGGAAACCCGAGAAAAGGAAAAGAAGUUUUGUCACCUACGUUUACGAUAAGUUCAAAGCAUUUACAUUUUGAAAUCAAUGACUGCUAAAUAAAGAUCCAUCGAAAAUCUUAGUUAAACACAUGGUAUUUUACAUAAAUCUAGUUCCUACGUGAAAAGGAUCACUGUUGCAUUUGACAAAACUUUUUUUUCUCGUGUACGUAUUUAGCGUUAGCUGUCAGCGUUGUAAGUUUCUUCUUAUCUUUUUUCGUCUCGUAGUUGCAUUCGACGUUAUUCAUACCGACAAUCAUCAAAACGAGUCACCUACUGUAAAUAUAUUUCAAGGCAGCUUACGAUAACAAGUUUUGCUUAUGUAUCGCUAUGAAAGAAAUGACUAGCAAAUGAAGCGAAUACUAGUAU